UGUUGGCGCCGAUAUCCCAGUUCGUGGAAAAAUGCCUUAAGUUAUUGGAAGGACCGACAGAUUUCUGGUCCAAAACCCAUACCUAUAUUCGGAAAUGUUUUGAGUCCUGUCCUAAAAGCGCGACCAUUUGUGGAGAUGGAGUGGUAUAAGAAAUAUGGCAAACUGUUUGGGUAUACAUAG